AUGAGAGAAAUUGUUCACAUUCAGGCUGGUCAAUGUGGAAAUCAAAUCGGUGCUAAGUUUUGGGAAAUAAUAUCAGAAGAGCACGGAAUUGAUGUAUGUGGAAAUUAUAAAGGCGAUUCCGAUUUGCAACUGGAGCGAAUCAAUGUGUAUUAUAAUGAGGCAACGGGCGGAUGUAAAUUUGUUCCACGUGCCAUCUUGGUUGAUUUGGAACCGGGAACGAUUGAAAGUCUUCGUAUGUCAACAAUUGGACGUCUAUUUCGUCCUGAUAAUUUUGUUUUUGGUCAAUCUGGUGCUGGAAAUAAUUGGGCCAAAGGACAUUACACUGAAGGUGCUGAACUGGUUGAUUCAGUCUUGGAUGUCGUAAGAAAGGAAACGGAAGGAUGUGACUGCUUACAAGGCUUUCAAUUGACUCAUUCACUUGGUGGUGGAACUGGAAGUGGAAUGGGAACACUUUUAAUCUCAAAGAUACGUGAAGAAUAUCCAGACAGAAUUAUGAACACAUUCAGUGUCGUUCCUUCACCAAAAGUCUCAGAUACAGUCGUUGAACCUUACAAUUCAACAUUGAGUAUUCAUCAGCUAGUCGAGAAUACAGAUGAAACAUAUUGUAUCGACAAUGAAGCACUUUAUGACAUUUGUUUCAGAACUUUAAAGCUUACAACGCCAACAUAUGGUGAUCUUAAUCAUCUUGUAUCUCUCACCAUGUCUGGUGUCACAACAUGUCUUCGUUUCCCAGGACAACUUAAUGCUGAUUUAAGAAAAUUGGCAGUCAAUAUGGUUCCAUUUCCACGUCUUCAUUUCUUUAUGCCUGGAUUUGCUCCACUUGUUUCUCGAGGUUCACAGCACUACCGCGCAUUAACCGUCCCAGAAUUAGCACAACAAAUGUUUGAUACAAAGAACAUGAUGGCAGCUUGUGACCCACGACAUGGACGUUAUUUGACAGUUGCUGCAAUUUUUCGUGGUCGGAUGUCAAUGAAGGAAAUUGACGAACAAAUGCUUAACAUUCAGAAUAAGAACAGCAGUUACUUUGUGGAAUGGAUUCCAAAUAAUGUAAAGACAGCCGUUUGUGACAUUCCACCAAAAGGUCUCAAAAUGUCUGCUACAUUUAUUGGCAACUCAACUGCCAUCCAAGAGCUUUUCCGUAGAAUUUCUGAGCAAUUUACAUGUAUGUUCCGUCGUAAAGCUUUCCUUCAUUGGUACACGAGCGAGGGAAUGGAUGAGAUGGAAUUUACAGAAGCUGAAAGCAAUAUGAAUGAUUUGAUAUCUGAAUAUCAACAAUAUCAAGAAGCUACUGCCGAUGAAUAUGCCGAAUUUGACGAAUCUAAAUUGAGAAUUUCACAUCUUGAAAAAGAGUUUGAUGGAUAA